AGUAUUUAUGUAGUUAUUACUCCAGAAAAUUAGGUUAGAUCGUCAACACUGACGUUCAUACACAACUGGAGGACCGAAUUGAUAAUUAACAAAUUUAUAAUACAAAUCAUUGAAGAAUUAUUAUGGAAGCAUUGAACGAGCAUUUAGAAACUUUGGCCGGCCAUGUUUUCGACAACGACAAGCUGGUAACCUACAAAUGGCUGAGCAAAGAACUACGUGUCCACGUUAACAUAGCAAAACAGAUCUUGUGGGAGUUCCAUCAAAAAUAUCAUAAAAGCAAUAACAUUGAAUGCACAUAUUUGCUAAUAGGUCUUCUAAAGGACAAAGGAAUACGUGUGGAGGUUGUCAGAGAGUCCGAUGUAUCUAAGGCUAAAGAAAAGUUCAGUAAAAUUAUGUCGGAGCAUGUCUACAGUGUCCAUAAACCGCUUGCGGAUUUGGAACUGCUUGCCACUUCUGGUUCCGGCGAUAUAAAUUACAGCGCAAUAAAGUGCGAUGCUUGCAAAGAGCGAAGUGAUGAAGAAAUGCAACUAUUACGAUGGGGCACGGUUGCCAAGAAGGUUGCAAUGGAAAAUACGACAAGUUCAAAGUCUACAAAUUCAAUAAAUCCACCAAAAACAGAAAAGAAUCCAACGACAGCAAUGAAAAGUGGAUUUAAUAAUCUGUUUAAUAAGGCUGGAAAAUCAAAGAGCCCUGAAAAAUUGAAAUCGUCCUUCCAGGAACGUGAUGGAAACUCAAUAAAGAAAGAUAACGUUUUGAAGAAGAAAAAUUCAGUGAAGAAUAAAGAUUCAACGGAGACAGAUCAAGCUUUAAUGGAGGAAACUGAAGAAUUAAAAACUGGAAAAGACACUGUAGAGAAGGAUACAAAUUUUGCCCAGAAAGAUAAAGAUUCUGCAGAAAAGAUAAAAAAUUCAACUGGAAAAACUAAAAACUCCAUGGCCAAUUCUACUACUAAAAAAGUAUCUUCACAAAAUAAUGCUGGGAAAAAAGGAAAUUUGAAUAACUUUUUUGGAAAGUCGACAUCUUCAAAACAUGUAGAAGUAACGCCAUCAGAAGAGAAAAAUGAUAAUGUUAAAGAGGAAUUUACCGAAAGAUCAAGUAAAGAAAAAGAAGCGAGUAAAGAAAAGAAGAAUUUGCAUGGGAAAAAGCGCAACAGAAGUAAAGAGACGGAUAGAAAUGCUAAGAAACGGAAGAGAGUUGUCGUACAGAAUGACUCCAGUGAUUCGGAGAUACAAAGUGACAUAGAGAUGGAAGAAUCAUUUCCCGAAAUGGAGCCGGAAACUCUUGCGAAACCAAAGAGUCCUUCUCCACCAAGAGAGAAACAUGAAAAUGGGAAAAGAAAAGUGUUGAAGUUAGUUAGUAAAACUUAUAAAGAAGGCGAAUACUUUGUAACAAAGAAGGAACAUGUUUAUGUAAGUUGUUCGGAAGAUGAAGAAGAAAAAAAAGAAGAGAUUAAAAGGAAAGAGAAGAAAGAGGAGGCCAAGAUAGAAAAAGUAAAGAAGAAGCAAUCUACCUUAAUGGAUUUCUUCAAGAGGUCUUAGAAUUGUUCCUCAAAAUCGCCUAAAUAGUUCUAAAUAUUCAUUUGUUUCAUAAAUAAUUUGAAUGUACAUUAAUAAAUAAUUAUAUAUUUGUAAUGACUGAAUUUAAUAGUUGUGACUUUGAGAGUGCUGUUUAUAUACAUAUAUGAAUGCUGAUCAAACAUUUGUUAAUUUAUUGCUUGGGAAUUAAGGUCAUUAUUGUCACUAUUGUCAAAUAUAAAAAUAUUGCUUGAAA